AGACCGGUCCCUGCGAGGUGCGGCGGCCGGACCGGCCGGCCGGCGGCCUCAGUUCGUCGCCAGCGCCGGUCGAGGUUGUGUGUCGCGCGCGGCGCCGGGCAGCUCUGGGGUCAGUCGGAGCCAUUGGCCCGUGGAGUCGGUCGAACAGCAGACCUCGAGAUGCUGGAUUACCGGUCACACGACGAUGAAGAGGAGACGUACCUGUCCUGCCGAGACCUGUCCACGGACGGUGGGCGCGACUUUCGGCUCGGCUCCGUCUCCUCCUACGCCUCUGGCGAUUCGAUGCCACAAGACCUGGCCAGACAGGUCUCCGCCAAGUCCCCAAAGAACGCCUCUGCCGAUGAUGAUGACUCGGACUGUGACAGCGACGCCUCCGGAGAGUACGAACCGCUGAGGGAGCCUUCCACCAGCCGCCUGAGCGUCCGGAGCGCCAGCCCGCCGCCGCCGCUACCGCCGCCCCGGCCGCGCUGCAACUCGUUCCACGCGAGGAGGCCCUCCACUGACAGCGUCUCGGGCAAGGCGGGCGGCCACUUUGGCGAGCCGCCCCAGGCCAGCCAGAGCCUUGGAGAUCUGAGCACCGUGCCAGCCGAGCCGGCGCCAGCGGCACGACAGACGAGCUUCUACCGCUUUCUCGCCUCGCACAGACCGGCAGCGCCCAAACGACUUGCACUCCUCUGGCGACGCAAGUCCGACAGGACGACUCGCAGUGACAAGGUGUUCGACGACCCGGAUGUCACUCUGAACAAAUCGAUGCCCAACCUGAGGAGCGGCACGCCGAAGGCCUGGUCAUGGGGGAGGAUGUCUGCGCCGGUGGCGGUGGUAACACCUGUCGCGAAAAAUGCCCCGAAUGCAGCAGCAGACAGCCCUUGUUCGAUCUCUCCUAAGCGGAUCCGGCCCUCGUCUGGAGUCUUUCAUCGUGCGCUGAGCUCGCGAUGGUUCGCAUCGUUUCACGAACGAACUUCGCAGAGGCACCGACGAAGCUUCAAAGAUCAGGCGAACGUCGUCGCACAGGCUCCUGCACCAGUCAGCCCGUCGGCCGCCAAGAAAGCAGCAGAAGACUGGCGAGAGAAACCAGAACCUUCCAAGUCCUGUAAGGAAGCCUUUACCACUGAAACUCGCCAAGAUGAUACUGAGGGAGAUUAUCUGGAAGUAGAACCGCGAGGAGCUUUCGAGUCCGCGUACUUCCAGCUUCCUGAAUAUGCUGUAUGCGGCGACAGACUGGGACAAAGCGUCCCCAACAUCAACCAGCUCACUUCGCCCGUUUACGAGCUGAUGGUGAAGCCGCCCUCCAUCAUCGUCAACUGUCCGGAGGGCGGCAGUCUCGGUCAGGAUCAUCUGGCCCGCGACUGUCCCCAGGGCCAGUCCCAGCAGGAGGACGACGAGGGCUACAUGACGAUGGACGCGAUCCACGUGAUCCUCGGCUCGCCGACACCGCCAUCUCCGCUGCUGGGGGCGCCGGACGUCAGCACGCCACCAUCUGCGGACCUGGAGUCCUGCUACCUGGACAUGACCGGGGUGGAACGGCUGCGACUGGCGCACGCUUUCGACGCCUGUCGUAACUCGGCCGAGGUCAAACCACCGGCUCUCCCGGCUCGUCCUUCGCUGAGGGGUCGCAGUCUGAGGACGGCAGCCCUCAGACAUGCUUCAGGUGAUAAGAUUUACUACAGCAACCUCGACGACUUUCACCUCGCUCUGCAGGCUCUGCAGUUCGAGAGUCGGCCGGCCAUCGCCGAGGACGAGUGAACAAACGACGUGUGCCGGCUCUGUGACAGAACCGGACCUGCCAGUAACGCCAGCCAAAACUGGGUGGCUUUGAGGGUCGCCAGAGGCACAGUGCAGGUCAGCCUCCUGAGAAACUCGGUGUCGACCCUGUUCCAGGUGUUGCCAGAGAAGAAGUGGUCAUCGAACGAUUUCGCAGUGCCGUGCUACCAAAAAGACUGCGCCAGUGACAUGGUUAAGUGAUCUUACCAGGGUUAAGUGUACGACAUCAUGUAAGAUAUCAGGGUUUUUGUUACGAGCGAGCGAGCGCAGCGAGCGAAGUGAGUCUUUUCAAUAUAACGGAAAAAUCUCAGUAUGAGCGGCCCGGCCCGGCCCGGCCCGGCCCGGCCCGGCCUGUAACGCUUUUGAGAGGCUUAUAUCUCAGCAACCGCUGGACCGAUUGGCCUGCGGUCUUUUUUGUUGGGUAGCCCCAUCCCUUCUACCCCGUAAUUGACUACUUUUGAUACAUCUCAGUGACCGUCGUGGCACGUGCCACGUGAAAAGUCAAGGGUGUUCAAGCUGUUUUGCAAAAGUAGUGAUUUUGAGAGGCUCAUACCUCAGCAGCCGCUUGGGCGAUUGACUUGCGGUAAAUUUUAUAGGGUAGCAGCAUCCCUUCUACCCAAAAUAGGAUACUCUCGAUGCAUGUGGGUCACCCCCAGUUCACGUGCAAAGUACAACAAUAAGAGGUGCCAAAUUUGUUCCCAUUUCAGUAACUCGGUAAUUACUGGGGCGAUUUCGCUGAAAAUUGGCAUACAGGUAGGCACCCACCAGGCAAUGCAUUCCCAUGUGUUGCGGUUAGGGUGCUACUGCACGUGCGCACGUGCAGGGGGCGUUUCCAGAUCUCGAGAACGGCUGGGCCGAUUGCGCUCAAAUUUGGUAAACGGUUGGGGACCAGUUAGUAGGGUGCCGUGCAAAAGUCAUUUUGGACCCCGUUUGCACGUGCGCACGUGCAGAAUGCCACUUCCAGAUCUCAGGAACGGCUGGGCCGAUUGCGUUCAAAUUUGGCACACCGCUAGCGACCGGUUAGAAGGGUGCAAGCCCGUUGGAAGCACCCUCUCGCCCUUCCGCACGUGCAGGGCUCACUAUCUCGCUCGCUCGUUCUUCGCCCAAAAGGCGUUUUACUGGUUUAAUAUGUUUAUGGCGUGUACACUGUAUAUAUAUAGAUGUCGUUGACGAGCGAAUUUAGGGAUUCGGGGUGUUUUAUGAUCGACUGUUGUGAAGUCGGUUUUCAAACGUAACGCCUAUGGACGUUAUAAAGUGGGGGUAUUUGGAGAGUGAUUUGCGUGCUCUUAGAAACAUCGUGACUCCAGCACAGUCCCAGUGAUAUAUGUAUAGUCGCGGCUGAUGCGGGCACGAGCCAGACAUCACGUACGUGAUGUCUGGUGUUAUGGAAGUAUUCCGCGGAGCUUACCCGCCCCGCUUGGAAAAGCAAUAACCCGGUGAUGCAUGCUGUUCUGAAUUCAAUGCGGUAACUGUCGGCGGGCCGGCAUAUUGUGUUCAUGGUGUUGCUGUAUUAUAUGUGUUCUGACAUUUAUGUAUCUGAUGUUCCUGGAAUACCUGUUAUUAUAACGUAAAUGGGAGAAUAUAUACCCGCAUCAAUUAUAAA